CCCACUGUCUGAGCCAGGUUGUUACAGAAAGAACUGAAGAAAUCACCAGUGCUGACUAUCCAGUGCUUCACCCCUCCACCUGUCCGGGUAGAGAAUGCCUUCCUGAUCAUGCUGGAAUUCAUGGAGACCUUUAAUGUGGACACGCAGCCAGGAGUGUUGUGCUCCUGUGAUGUCCUCGCCUUAAGGUUAGAACACCCAAAAAGCGAUUUGGCCCAUUCUGUGGAAAGACUGCCUGCAAAAACCGAGACACAGGCUGGUGUUGUGGGUCCUGCUUUCAUAACGGGUACUCAGGAGCACACACUGGGGUGGAAGAUGAAGUAUAUGGCGCCAGAAUUAAAAUGUUGUAAAGUCUUUGGUAGCGGAAUGCCAGAAGGAUGCCUCUUGGAACAAACCAAUGGCAAAGUGCAUCAAUAAAAAUGCAGGUAAAUAUAUAUGCAGUGGAGGAUAUGACGGGUACUGGAAAAGCUCCAAAGGAGAAACGACCCUUCCCGUCUGUGAACCAGUUUGUGGAAGGCAGCGAAGCGGAACUGUGGAGCACAUAUAUGGAGGAAGGCAAGCCAGGCCUGGAGAAUCCUGGCAAGUAACGUUAAUUACAGAGCUCGUAGGAGGUGGUUCACUUUCAUGUGAAACCCGGGUUCUAACAGCUGCUCAUGGUGUAGUUGAUCAAAGAAACCCCUCAGCUUCGAGGAUUAAAUUAGAGAUUUUGAAUAAAUGCUCAUUUAGCUAUGAAGCAGCCCAGGCAGAAAAAAAUUUUAUUCAUGAAGGUUACAAAAAUGGUCUUGUCAACUUAGACAAUGAUACUGCGUUGGUAAGACUUAGUACCAACAUCACAGCUAUUUGUUUAGCAGGAAAAGAAGAGAGAUUUCCAGUGAAAGCAAGUGAGGGGGUAGUUGUGUUGGGGUGGGAAGAACUGUCCCAGCAGCUGUUAAAAGACCUUUAGAUUUACAAAAUUGCAUUAAUAAAGUAUAUUGUUUUCUUUUAA